AUGUCGGUCAAGUUGAGCGUUCGUACGGUCCGCCACUAUAUGUACUUCAUCCUCAGCGUCAUCAAGUAUGAGUGCCGGCAUACCAAGUAUGAGACAGCGUCCAUCCAGGCUGACGUGCGAAACUUCGUCAACAAUCAACUGGCGACUGAUGAAAACCUCAGCACCCGAAUGAAGACCAAGGCCGUCGCGCAUUCGGACGACCUGACCUUCAUCAUCACAAUGCUGUACCAGCCCAACUACCUGUCAACGUUUGAGAGCAUGAGGCUAGUCCUAAACCUCACGCUGUACAUGCUUCUCGUCGUCGACACAUGUGACCGGGGGGUUUUCCCCAAAUACAAGUCGCGCAUAUCGACCGUGGACUUUGCUGCCAUGUAUCGGAACAUGCCGGAACGAUCGGUUCUUGUGCAGACAGGAAUCUCGCUGAACCGCAGUACAGAGGCACCAACUACGAUAUCGGACAAAGGACGGCUUCGCGUGCAGGAAGAUGAACGAGUCAAGAACGCUCGGCAGACAUCAGACGCUGUGCGGGCCACUCUCCGAUCCAAGCACGGGAGCUUGACGGCAGCAGCAAGAGCAGGCGACCCACAAUGGGAAGAAUACCAAGCCGCCGAGGCAGAGCGAAAGGCGAUGGUCGACCACGUCAGCAUCAAGAUCUUCAGGACCGAGUACAAGGAGCAUUUUGAGUCACUAGGGUUCACCAAGGCAGCCCUGUUGCAGCUCGACGACGCCAUCACAGAGGUAGCCACAACGCCAGACGGUGUCCAAUCUGAUGCAGACGUCUCCGAUCUCCCACUCUUCGUAGCAGAAGACGAGGAUAUAGACGCUUACGACGCUUUACUGAACACACGCAACGCAGAAGUGACACCUUCGACAGAAGAGCAGGAAAAGUUGGAAGAUCUUUUUGGUGAUAGCACAGGGCUUGACAUGGAUAUCACGGACAACAUCCAGAGCGCAGAGGAGAUAGACACUACCCUCGAUGACUCCAGACAGAUGGCGCUGCACGGUCAGUCGCUCGACAACCUCCGAUCCCUCAAAAAAUAUGCUCAGUCCACCAAGGGCCACUCGGCCUACAAUGAUAUGGUAGAGGACGUGAGUGCGUACGAAACAGAGGGACAGUCUCUUCCAGCCCACGAACGCAUCGCGACAUUCACCCGCGAGGGCCACCCAAAGCAUAUCCGCGGCCACCUCAAAUCUGUUGGCGACUCGCUCGUCACCUGCCCAUGCUUCCCGUUGACCUGUACAAAAGAGGAGGAAAUGGACGAUCUCCAACUCGAAGCUCAUCUCCAGAUCACACAUGGAUGUCUGAUACCGGCCCGCAUUAAGCGUCGUUCCGACGACGUCACCCCAGGAACGGCCGGGUCGCAGCGGGUAACUAAGAAGGCCAGCAAGGGUACGAAAUGA